AUGGCUGAACAAUCAAAGAUUGAUACAUUGAUGGCAGGUUGUGUUAGACAAUGGCCUGGGACGCUGCUGCGACUUGAAGGAGCUGCUCUCGCCGCUGCAUCAAUUUGGGCAUUUCGGAAGAAUGGUGGAUCAUGGUGGUUCUUCGCCAGCGGCAUCCUGGCACCAGAUCUCAGCAUGGUGGGAUAUGUUUCUGACCCGGGCACUGGAGCUGCAUUUUACAACCUAGGCCACACCGAGACAAUACCACUGCUGAUCGCCUUAAUUGGAUUAGGACAAGGACGUCCACGCAUGUUCAAUGUUGCGAUGGUUUGGCUGGCACACAUCAACUUGGAUCGCAUGAUUGGCGCUGGACUCAAGUACGCCAGCGGAUUCAGCGAUACGCAUCUUGGCUUCUGGGACGGAGCUGCCGAGAGAGAGAAAGCCCGAUCAAAAUCAGCCCAUCACCAGAAUGUAGGAGCUUACUCCAAUGUUUCCACAGACUUUGGUAGCAAAACCCACGGCAACUAUCUUGGAAUUCCUGGACAGCUGAUUGUUGAGCUGACCGCGAUCUACUUCGACAACGUGUCCAAUUCUUCUCUGGUUCUACAUAAAGCUCGCCUCCUUCAUGCUAUCGAAGCUGGAACAGCUGCACCCCAUGUCGUACUCAGUGUCUGUGCUUGGGGAGCCAACUUCUACAAGGACAAAAAUGACUCAGCAUCCCUAAAGACAAACGGCUUUAUGACAGAAUGGGCGCAUCAAGCAGGGCGACUUGCAUUCCAGGAGAUCGAAAGCUUCAGCAAAGAUCUGGUAGCGACCUUACUUAAUUUGACACUCUUCUGGCACAGCCAAGGAUCUUGGAAGGUCAGCUCGUUAUACAAGGCCAACGCGUUUCAUUAUCUGUGCAUACACGGAAUCGGAGACACAGUGCUCAUGCAGGCACAAACACUCGAGGUUGAAGUGCAACGCCGACGGUUUUGGGCAUGGUACAUUAUGCACUGUCACAAUAACGAGGGAUUAGGUGCAUUGGAGCCCGUCGGAGACUUACAGAGCCUGCCCCUACCAUGGUCUGAAGAGGACUACGCCGCCGGGUCGUUAUCGAGCCACUCAGUAACUCUAGUAGCAUCCGACAAGGGCAGCGGUUCAAUAUUCGCCGAACUUACAAAGAUUAUGACCAUGUGGUCACAAGCUGUCAGUCUUAUCAAGACUCCAGAGGCACACCUUACGGCGACUAGGAUAACAGCAAUAUAUGAACUGGACGAGAAGGUCUCCCAUUGGUGGAAAAAUCUACCCGAAGACCUGAAGUUGGAGCCGAAAUCCUUCACUGGAGUAGCCAAAACCGACCUUCCCCGAAUUCUACUAACAAACCUCGUUUAUCAUCAGACCUUAUGCGUGCUGCAUGCCUCCAUCGUCCCGUUGUUCUGUUGGACUGCAGGCAACGGCGAAUGGUCGUCUGUAAGACAGUUAUCUGCGCAGGUUGCAUAUGAGCAUGCUUGUGCCGUGUCGGCACUUAUUGGAGCAGUGCUAUCUUCCUUCGACCGACUUAGCGCUAUGGCCACAUUCGUGGCGUACGCAGCAUACGGAGCUGUGCCAUCUUGA